AUGGAACAAAGAAGAUGGGGUGCGAGGCAGCGCCGGCCCUUGCUCAGCGUCUUCUUGGCGUUGUUUUUAUGGGUCUGUGCUGUUUCCGCGCAGCUCAGAUAUUCCAUAUCCGAGGAGCUCAACGAAGGGACGUUUAUUGGGAACCUUGCGAAGGAUUUAGGAACAGACCCUGCUUCAAUUAAGCAGAGGGGAUUCCGCAUUAUGUCGAGCUCGAAUGAACGUCUCUUUAAGGUAAAUGAGAACGACGGGGCCCUUUAUACAAACAGUAAAAUUGACCGCGAAGAAGUUUGUAAGGAGAGCAACGCCUGUUUAAUCAAUAUUAAAACGGUUCUUGACAACCCACUAGAGGUGCAUUAUAUCUCAGUGGAAAUAUUAGAUUUAAACGACCACACCCCCACGUUCCCAGGAAAGACAAAAAGGUUGGAAAUAAGCGAAUCUGCUUUGCCUGGUGCUACAUUUCAGUUGCAAAAUGCAUACGACCCGGAUGGCGGGCUAAACUCAGUGCAACAGUACAAAAUCAGUCAAAACGAUCAUUUCCGCUUGGAGGUAAAGGACAGAGGGAGAGACGGCAAAACGCCAAUUUUGCAGUUGCAGCGGCAGCUAGACAGAGAGAGUAAACGGGUCCACAAACUGGUGCUGACAGCGAUUGACGGGGGUACACCCCCUAAAACAGGUUUGGUUGAAAUCCUCAUCGAGGUUCUGGAUGUGAAUGACAACAUGCCAGUGUUCACUAAAGAUACAUAUUCAGCAACUCUGCAAGAGAACGCGCCUGUAGGCACAACUGUUAUUCAAGUCAACGCAACAGAUUCUGAUUCCGGCGCCAACGGGGAGGUUGUUUAUUCAUUUGGAAGUGAUGUCAAAGAUAAAAUUAGACAAUUAUUUAAAAUGGAUUCUUUCACUGGUGAGAUUAUUGUAACUGGAAAUGUUGAUUUUGAGGAGCAGGACAGUUAUGAUAUCGACAUUCAGGCCUCAGACAAAGGAAAUAUUCCACUUAAAACCGAUAAAAGCGUUAUUAUUAAAAUUAUAGAUAUGAAUGAUAAUAGUCCGGAGAUAGAAGUUACAUCAUUGUCUCGUGCAGUUUCUGAGGACUCCAGACCCGGAACAACAGUAGCUCUCGUCAGUGUCAUAGAUUUAGACUCUGGCCUUAAUGGAAAAAUAAUAAGUCAUGUUUCUGAAGAGUCUCCUUUUGUGUUAACUGCAUCCAUGCAGGAUAACUUGUUUGCUGUAGUUACUAAAGCCCAUCUUGAUAGAGAAAAGAAAUCUGCAUAUGAUAUAACAAUAAUUGCUAAAGACUCGGGUGACCCAGCUCUUACAUCCAAACAGAUUAUCAGUAUUUUUGUCUCUGAUAUAAAUGAUAACAGUCCGGAAUUUCUAUCGAGUCCGUACACAUUCUACAUCAGUGAAAAUAAUAAACCAGGUGAUUCAAUGUUUUCUGUAAAGGCUUCUGAUUGCGAUGAAGGAGAGAACGCAGUAAUAUAUUAUCACAUUUUGAGAAACAACAAGGAAAAUGCGCACACAUCCUUUCUCAAUGUUAAUUCCGAAACAGGAGAAAUUCUGGCUCUGAAAAGUUUUGACUUUGAGACUGUGAAAAGUUUUCAUUUCCAAGUGGCGGCCACUGAUGGUGGAAGUCCUCCACUUAGCAGCAAUGUGACAGUGAACGUGUUCAUUCUGGAUCAAAACGACAACACUCCAGUCAUCCUUUAUCCUGUCAGCUCCAACGGUUCUGCUGAAGGUGUAGAGGAAAUUCCUCGCAAUAUAAAAGCAGGGGACUUGGUGACUAAAGUCAGAGCCUAUGACGCUGAUAUCGGAUAUAACGGCUGGUUACUCUUUUCACUUGGGCAAGUCACUGACCAUAGUAUCUUUUCUUUGGAUCGCUAUACGGGCCAGAUCAGAACACUUCGCUCCUUGACAGAGACGGACGAGGCUGAGCAUAGACUGCUCAUACUGGUCAAAGACAAUGGAAACGUGUCACUCUCAGCAACAGCAACUGUGACUGUCAAACUUGUGGAGCCCAAAGAAGCUUUUGCAGCUUCAGAUGUCAAAAGUGCAGCAAAACUGGACCAGGAGGAGGACAAUGUAACUUUCUAUCUCAUCAUCACUUUGGGCUCUGUCUCACUGCUUUUUGUCAUCAGCAUCAUCGUGCUGAUCGCCAUGCAGUGCUCCAAAUCCACUGAGUACACUUCCAAGUAUCUCCAAGACACUAAUUAUGAUGGAACGCUGUGUCACAGCAUUCAGUAUAGAUCAGGAGACAAACGUUACAUGUUAGUUGGACCCAGGAUGAGUAUUGGCUCUACUAUAGUCCCAGGAAGUCAAGCCAACACUCUGGUGCUCCCUGACAGAAGACACACUUCUGGGGAGGUAAGAAAACUCCUCCCACCUUGUCCAAUGACAUCAGGCACCACAGCAGUGCGAAUGUUUGAUUGA